AUGAGGGGUCCCGGAGAAGUGGAAAGUGAGGGAAGGGAGAAAGACACUCAUAAUGACGAGAUCUGGGAAUGGCAUAUACGUCACUUCGGCAUAUCACGGCAGGGUAGUGGUGCAAGCAAAAAUAUUAUUGCAACAAAUUUGGAAGCACAUGUCGUCACAGCAAAAUCUAAGGUGGCACCCUUAGAAGAUUUGGCUCGCAAGAAGAAAAAGCAAUCGAUUCCCAGAUUAGAACUAUCAUCUGCCCUUCUUUUGUCCCACCUGUACGACAAACUGCGAAAAAGUAUUCCGUUCACGAUUUCUGCGUAUUUUUGGACCGACUCCAUGAUUGUGCAGUAUUGGCUCGCUUCACUUCCAUCCCGAUGGCAAUCAUUCGUGGGCAACAGAGUGUCGGAAAUACAUCACAUCACCAAAAGCGGAAUUUGA